GUAGGAUAUGGCCACAAAUUGCCUAUUGUCUUUUUUUGUUUUUUCUCUCCAACUCCCGGUUUAUAAGGCAAACCCAAUUUAUACAGUAACUUGGACUACUUCUUAUUAAAGAGAGUUUCAUUUCAACCAUCUCACAAAACCCUCCUAUCUUUUUCUCUCCUUUCCUUCUUUCUUUCCAUCUUCUAUCUCCUUCCUUUCUCUACCCCCAUUUUCGUCUCUCAAUCUCACUCUCUCUAAAAGCCAAAAAAGAAAAACAUAACAUAAGUUACAUCAAUUGUUAUUUUGAGACUAAGAUCAUGGACAAUCAACAACGUAGUCCUCUUCUAACUUGGGCUUACUUCUGCCAAGGAAAGUCAAUGGAGGAACUAAAGCAGAGCUUGAUGUACACAACAAUGGAACUUGAACAAACAAGAGCAACAGUUCAAGAAGAACUAAGAAAAAGAGAUGAACAACUACUUAACCUAAAAGAAAUUCUCAACAAAGUGAUAAGAGAAAGAGAUGAAGCACAAGAAAAAUGCCAAAGACUUUUCUUAGAAAAAUUACUUUUCCAACAAAAACAAAACCAAGAUCCUCUUUCUGGAAUUUCAAGCAUAGAAGAUGAUAUUCAAAACAAAAGAGGAAUUGAAACUUCCAACAAUAAUGGCUUAUCAUCAUCAGAUUGUGAAGAAAGCAUAGUUUCUUCACCACAACAAAUCAUUGUAACAACAGAACCAACAAUGAUGAUUGAUUUAAUAGCAAAAGAUAAACCUUUGCCUGAAAAAGGUAAACUUUUGCAAGCUGUGAUGAAAGCUGGUCCUUUGCUUCAAACCCUUUUGCUUGCGGGACCAUUACCUCAAUGGAGACACCCUCCACCACCAUUAGAGUCUUUUGAGAUUCCACCUGUUACUAUUCCUUCACCACCAUCACAGCAACAACAGUUUCUUCACCAAGAUUCUUCCUUUGUUAACAGUAACUGUGGAAGAUUUAGUAAUAGAAAAAGGGUUUUUUGUGAAGGUUCUGAUUCUGGUUCUGCAGAGAAUAAAUAUCAAAGGAUUGUACUCCAUUGACUACUACUACCUAGUACCUACUACUGUUACUAUUGACUCCAUUGAACAAUUACUAGAAGAUUUUAUUGUUGUGUAAUCUGAAUCGUCUGAUCUUAAAUUGAUGAGUCAGAUCGCUCACUGCGUGCAACUGUGUGCUUAUACUAUAGGCGGAUCCUAUUUUACCGACUUAGUUAAUUAAUAGGUUUAAUUGUUAAUUAGCAUUAGCAAGAUGGUAUUUUAUUGAUCUAGCAUAUGUAUAUUGAUCAAGUGGUAGAGGAAGAAGAAUUGAAGAGGAAAAAAAAUGCUUGAUUUUGGGUUUUUGGUAAUGUUUGAGGUUAAGGAUUUGUCAUUGGCAUUUUCCUCUAUUCACAAUCUAGUUUUGUUUCUUUUGUGAAGGGAAAAGGGUCAUUGUAAUAUAAUUGUAAGAGUAAAGAUCAUUUUAGUUUUUGGAAAAA